GUUUUUUUUUAAUACGAAUAUUGUAAUCAACAUUAAUUGCAAUUCUGAUUGACUUGUGCUGUAUGUAUUUGAUAGUUCCAUGUUAAACAAAAUAAGACAAUGCACGAGUUUUCCGAUUUAUUCCAAGAUGUUUACCAUUUCAAAUGACGAGCUACAUGUACUUAUAAAUUCUGGAGAUGGGUACUUUUUAAUCGGUACGGUGUACUGACAUGAAUGGGGUUUGCUGAGAAAUAUCACGUGGCAAGUGCAAUAAAACUGUUUAUCAGAAUCUUCUUUUCACCCAUAUAGUAAGUUGGCAGUUAACGUGGUUCUGCGCAUAUCUGGUUAUCUAUUUGUGUUCUGUUUAUCAUACAAUAUAUAUUUGCGAGAGCAUUGGAAUACACAUGCACAUCAUAGUAGAGGGAAAAAAAUCAACAGCAAUGUAGAUACGGGAAACACCUUUUGACCACAAAAUCUUUUAAGAUACCUAUGUGCCGAACCUAUGAACUUAUGAGAGCAAAAAUAAGUUCGACCAAACAAAAAUGUUGGCAACUACGGUUCCAAACUAGAGGAUCAGGCGGGAAUUAUCAGCUGUUAUGAAUGAGCUCUUUGCGUAGCGGAAUCCCUAAAUUUGGCGCAGAAGGCAUAAACUGAUCACAAGAAAUUACGUUAAGCAGUGCGCUGACAUAAUUUUACAACAAUAAAAUAAGGUGGGGAUUUUUUUUGCAGAAAGGACAAAAAACAGGUUGUUAUUCCUUCCAUUUUCGUCACACAACCUCUUUCCUACUCUAGCAAGUUUGAGUAAAUUUCACUACAUGAACUCAUUGAAGGUGGGAAAGGCAGAUUAAAACUGAAAUUAACCUUUAGUGUUUAUCAAGGACAAUCAUAUACAAUUUUGAUUUGUGAGGUUUAUCCCUCUGAACAACUGCCAAUUUCUUUAUCGAGCAAAUAAGUACAAUUGUUUUGGAUGGGGGCGUAAAUAUAUUGUGAUACAGCAAUGUCUGCGUGUCUGGUUUGUACUUAUCUCCGCCCGUCCCAGUUUUGCUAUGUGCCUUCCUUUUAGAUUAUGACGUUCUUAUUCCACGUUUUCCUAACGAUGCCGAUUACUACCACUACAAAUACUAAUUGGGCCAGUGGCGGAUCCAUAAGGGUGGGGUGGGGGUGGGGGGUCCGGGGAUCGGCAACCCCCCCCCCCCUUUGUCAGAUUAUUUUGCUAAAAAAGGUCAAAAUAACGCUUUUUGAGAGUCGAACCUUGCUUUGAAAACCAAAAUUAAUGACAGAAUCCCUCCUUUCAAAAAUUCCUCUAUCCAUCCCCGUGUACUGACACCACCAUACCACACCUCAAGAAUAAAUUCUAGGUUAGUAAUUUCAUGUAAGUUAUAAAUUUAUUUAUUGUUUUGAAAUAUUAAAGUUAUAUAUCAUGGUGGAUAUAUAAACACAAUGGAAGCAUGGGCUAUUUUCUACUUUUAUCGAGAAAUAUGAAAAAUUGAAACGCCGUAUAAGAUUAUCACUAAGAAAACAUUACUAACUAAUGAUAAAGUUGACAUCACCAUAAAACAGCCAUAUUUUUAAAAUAGCUGUUACGCAUGGCUGCUCAAGAAAAUCUGAAAUUAAGGAUAAUUUCAAAUACUUAGUAUUGAAAUGUACAUGUUGUAAACAUGUAAACGUAAAUCACCCUCUUUCCCAAAAGUGAUGCCCCUUUAAGUGAAAUUAGUUAUUACAUACACAAAGAUUAUCAUAGUAUAUAAUAUGGUUUGUUCAUCAAACUAGCCAGGACCCUUUAUUUCAAACAGUAUAUGGGUAUUGAAGAUGUUCCUUUUUUUUUAUAAACUGUGUUUUUUUUCUUUCGUAUUUUCAUCAAAAUCCCGUUUGGUGAACUUCCUGCAUUUUUUGAUAGAGUAACACAAGAAACCCGUACACGGAUCUAACUCAAUCUGAAAUUGUGGGGCCCUAUCAUUUCACAGGGUUUCUAUUGGUAUUAGAAUUUUUGCAAAAUGCUUGGAUUUUGAUUUUCAUGGAUAUUGCAGGUUUUUGAACUUGGUAAAUUCUUGGAUGAAAAAGUGCUCCCUUAAUAAUGACGAUGCAGUAGACUCAGCCUAUAAAAUUUUUCUCCUGGGCUAAAAAUAGGCUACAUUGAUAUUUUGUAUGUAUAUCGAGUUGGUGAUAUUUUAACAACCAGUCCACCCCUACAUCCUCUAGAUUUAUAGUAAAACUGAAACACCUCAUCAAAUUUCUGACGGGUGUGUUAAAGAUACCAUUAUGUGUAUCAUUGUUAAUCUUUAAGAGAAAAAAACCCCACAGCCACUGAAAGCAUUUAAAGAAUAAUAAAAUUUUAUUUUGUUCAAAAUGCAUAUACUCGGUGAAAAAAUGAAGAUUUAUAUACACUAUGAUAACAUACUUCGAAUGUGAUUACGUGCACACGUCAAGGUUAACCUAAGAUACUACGGCAAUUUAAUACACUACACAUGAUAUAACAAUAAUAUUUAAAAUUCUUAAAGAAUAAUUCACAAAUGCCAAAAUCGUCUUUCCAGUUCUUAGAGGACACAGUUAAUUGAUGGCCGAACGUUAUUUCACCCCAUUCCUGUCAAAUAUGAUGGUCCAAUUCAUAAGUAUAAAAGGAAGCUCUUGUAUUGAGGUGGCAACGUGUCACUGCCCCCUUUCGAGGUUUUGGUGUAAGCUAUCUUCAUCCUAUUUGUCAACGCAUGUAACAUUUUCUGACCUUGAGUACAUUUUCAUCAUUCGACUGAAGCCAGUUUUAUUGGAUUAUCGGAGUUGAAACAUCCACCAAUUGCAAUAGACCUUUUUUUUUUUUGCUACUGGAUUCUAAAUCUACCAUGACGUCAACAGAGGGUAUUUUCAAAACAAACAUAUAACCCCUUUCUCAUGUAACUCUGCAACUAAUCGAGCAGAAAAUGUAGCAUUGAAGAAUUUUUCAUAUUUGUAAAUGCUUUUUCUGCACAAGAAUCCAAGGAAAGACCCAGCCAUCACCUUAAGAUAUAGAUGGGUUGUUAUAGAGUGAAGCCAGAAUCAGUGUGCAUAUUUUGUUAGUGCCAUCAUAUAGAAAACAAUCAUUAUGAUUACAAUUAAUGCUUUCAGUGACCUAGCUGGUGCUAGGUACAGCACCGGAUUAACCUCGUGCCAUCCUGGAUUUACCCAAAGUUUAUUUUCCUAGUUCUUUUUUCGUCGGUGCUGGGGUGCAGUGAAGUCAUAAGAUGCUUUAUUUUUGGAUGGACCUGAAAGAUGGAAGUAAACGAAACCUUUCAGUUUAAACAGGUGUCUACAUCGCGUUUUCUUCUCGCCUACUCCGUUUUCAGUACAACCAAGUGAACGAGUUACGGCAAUGAACCAUUAUUUUUGACGGAACCACGCCGAACUAUCAUUUUUCCAGAUGCAAUGUCAUUUUGGUGGUAGGUGCAAAAAUGUCUGGCAUUUAUGCUUCUUACAUGGUUCUGUAAUCCGAAAGAAAUUACAAUAAAAACUGUUUACCUGUGCCGAUCAUUCUUCUUCUUUUUUAACAUUGUGUCUCAAAAAGUGUUUCAAGGAAUUAAACCCAUUUUGUGAGGAGAAAUAAACCCAUUGUUAUCUAUAAUGUUAGUUCAACAACCUUAGUAAAGAAACAAAAACCCCUAAAUGAAUCUAGUUUACCUUUCUCAACUCUUAGUAUUUUACACCACAGGAAGAAUGUUGUAGUUUUGGUUUCUGUUCAUCCUAGAUCUAGUACCAGACUGACGCAGUAGGCUAAAUGAUGUGAUAAAUUUAAUAAUGUGUCCACAACAACGCCCGUGACAGUUUGGCAGACUGAAUGAAAAGAAACUACAGCGGACAUUACGAUAGAAAAACUGCCCCCGAGUCAUGACACAAAGUUUGUAGAUAGGUCAUUGAGUGCAACAGUCGACGUUAACCUUGUAAAUUGUAUAUGAAAUGUACAGAUUGAGUAGGAAGAAAUGCAUCAAAGUAAUGGUACUGAAAAUAAUUUUUAUAGAUCAAUAACGUCUGCUUUAAAACCAAUUAAAAAGUAAUUUUAUUCUCCAGUGGUCUUUGCAGAAAUCGAUAAUGUGACAAAAACGCUCUUUUUGUUGACAGAAGAACAGAAUGUCGUAAGACACUUAUGAUGCUAUCAGUGCACUUCUUCACCUCAGACUCUAGAGCAUUUGGUCGCCAAAGGAAUGAUUGAAAUAUUUAUGCUGUAGAAUAUGAUAUUUAAUUAUCCCUGGAAACAAUCAGUGGAUACAAAUCGCUCCCAAGAUAUUCAUGCACUCUGCAACCCCAGGGUCGUAAAUUUCAGUUUGGUGUAAUUUGCUAAAAUUAUUUAUAUUAUGGGUUUUCCCAUGUAUUCCCAAAAUUCCUUGAGUUUAGAUUUGCAAUUUGCAGGGUAAAAAUACAUAUAAGGAAUGAAAAUAAUCGAAAUGAAACGAGAAAGAAUUACAGAGAGCAUGGGAAACCCCUGAACGAGUGCAAUGCGUACAAUACUCGCAACACGGACAAAUUGGCUGCCAGUAUUUUACAGCUGACGAAGUCAAUACAAAAUAUGAUUUUGAAAUGAUACUAAGUGAAAUUCCCAGAAAUUCAAAUUUGUCUGAUUACAUUCACAAAUUUUAAAUGAAUAUAAAAUUUAUGCUUCACAUUCAAUUAAACAAGUGUGAAAUUUUUAAAUGCCUAAAAAAGUUAUGUUAUCUAUCAAGCCACGCAAAAAUUUAUUUGGUUAUUUUUUCCAUCGCAUUGAAAUAUUCACUCAUUAUAUAAUGCUUCUUCAAAAUAGCAAAUGUGCAAUAUUAAGGGUAUACUUUUCAACGACGUUAAUCGCUAAAUAAUCUACAAAUUUAUUAAUAGGUAGCAAACUGACAGGAACAAGCGGGUAGUGCCACAUGAAUGAAAUUUGGCAAGUGAAGAGAAAAUCGGAGUUAAGUCUAUUCAUCAAUCAUUCGAUGAAAACACAAAACAAACUGAGAAGGUGGAUUUCUGCUCGCAUCAAUGCAUAUGAACCGUCCAAUCACAUUUGCCCUAGCUGACAAAAAUGUCUUUCUAGCCAAUCGCCGCACGGCACUGACAUUCCAUACAAGGCUUUUUCGGCCUGUUUACCCUUUAGGCCCUGCCCCUUUGCCGACUUAUGAAUGAGUGAAAACAGCGCUCGUACGCUAUAAAUAGACGCCAUCGGUGUCUUUGCGUGCAGUGUAUGUGUCGAUGAAUAGCAUGCCGGAGUAAAAACUUUGUGGUGUAUUACAAGUGUAAUCAGACAGAAUCAUUCCCUUUCUGUGUGGAUUUUUUAAGCACAGGUAAGAUAAGCAGGUGUGAUUUACAUUACACUGUGCAUGUUUCAUUUAUAUCGUGGCAUAAUACAAAAUCGUUUUCCCCGUUUAUAUGUACAAUAUUAUAUAUAUUACACUUUCAAUGCAAAAAAAAAAAAAAAAAAAAAAAAAUGAAGUCAGCAAUUAGUUUCCAAACCAUUUCGUGACAGCCCUUCCUUGAUGCCCAGCAAUUAAAACAACAACCAAGGGGAAAACACACCCCUAAAAAAUCUUCUCUUCUAUAAUGGACAUGUAUUUGGUAUAUAAAUUCUGCAGGAUAUUUUAGCAAAAAAUUUCAUCGCCCUUCAACUUAAACGUAGAAACAAAAUAACAGGUCGCAUAAUUUUACGGUAUAUUUAUAUUAUGCUUAAAAGUUAUUGUUUCCAGAUAGGCAAAUCGCCACCGGUCCCCUUAUCAAAAUUAUAAGUAAAAGUUAUAAGAAAGCGUUAUGAAAACACGUAAUUAAAGGAAUAAAAGUGAAAAAUGCGUCGUUUGAGAAAUAUAAAAGGUGUCAUUUAUUGACGGUGAAUUUUACCAUUCCAUUUCAAUGUAAGACGCAUUGUUUUUUUUUUUUAACCAUUUUGUUUCAUUGCAGAACAUAAUCUACUUCAAAAUAGGUCGCAUUGUAGAAUGAGCAGUUUUUUACCAUUCUAAAUUUGCGAUCGUUCAUAAGGAAGGAAUGCUAAGUACACGAUUUUUCUCUUUCAGCAGUGAUAGAAAUUUCUAAAAAAAAAAAAAAAAAAAAAAAAAAAAAGAGGUGCAUGAAAGAACUCCAAAUCCCCCUUUUCCCGUUUAGAAUAUAAAACGUUUAGAGAAUUUCAAUAAAACUAAGUUUAUAUCACCGUAUACCACAGAGUUCUCAUUCAAAUUCUAACUUUUAGUUUUAAAAAAAUUUGAAGCAUUAGUAAUGAUAUAAAACGUCACAUACUUGUAUCCGCCGACUGUCAGUUAUUGGCUCCUCAGAAGAUAAACCGAAUCAAGAUAGAUUGCGGUUUAACUGGGUGUAUUCAGACAAUAGUUUAAGUUUGAUUUGUUAUUAUCGAGAAUACAAUUCACUAAAUAUUUGAUAACUCUACCGAGGCAUUAGAAUUCAAGUGUUUUAAUGAAGAAUUUCCCCCCGAUUAUUUUACCAGCAUUGAAAUCCAUCCAUCUUUAAUGUUCAUAAACAAUUAGAUCUACUUUAAACUUAGUUUUUAAAUAUUGUGGUCGCAAUGUAGACCGGUAAUAAUCGUUUUUACCUUUACCUGCUUAUUGUAAACGCUCCGUGCGGAAGCACUGGGGCUAUAUAAAGAAUUUCACUGACACGGUGUGGCAUACAGCUCUUUGCAGCCAGCGAGAGAAGAGCUCCGCUGGUGUUUGGAAGAAUAAUACAUCAAUGAAAUGUGAUUAAUUGGAAGUCAAAUUCACCACUGCUAAUUUUAUUUCAUUGCAGAAUAUUUCUCUUGGAUUUGUGUGGAUUUAAAAUCGUAAAUUUCGUCCGUGGAAGCAUAAAAGAACAGAUUGUAUUGACCAUGUCAGAACGCACAGUACAGAGACUUUUUUCGAGGAGUUUUGCAGCGAAGAAACUUCUUCAAAAUCAGAAAAGGAACUGUUUUACAGACGUAUCGCAAAAAUCAAUGUCGGGAGUUAGACUUAUUGCUGAAGCUGUUGCCGAUAGAACAGACAUUGCGGAUAUAUCCCAAAGUGAUACGAAACUGAAAACAAUUGAUGAUUUACCUGGGCCCCGGGGUUACCCGGUUGUUGGGACAGCUCCGGAAUAUUUCAGGAAAGCCAACAGAGGACAAAUGCAUGAAGUGCAGAGACGAUUUCACCGAAAAUACGGAAGCAUGUUCAAAGAAAAACUGGGACCUGUUACAAAUGUGUCAAUUGCCGAUCCAGAUAUUGUAGAAGAACUCGUUCGGAAAGAGGGAAAAUAUCCACUUCGACCUCCCUACGAGUCAUGGGUUCUUUAUAGGAAAUUCCGUAAUCAGAAAUAUGCUGGUGUGAUGUCCUCUGUUGGACCAGAGUGGCAUAAGAUGCGCCAGUCAACAGCAAAGCACACUUUGAGACCCAAAACAGUCGCAGAAUAUACUGGAAUCCUGAACGGAGUUUCUGAUCUUUUCGUAAACCGAUUAAGAUUUCUCAGAAACAACGAAGGAUCUGUUGCACAACUUAGCUCAGAGCUCAGUAAAUGGGCGUUAGAAUGUGGCACGGGAAUCAUUUUGGAAAAGAAUGUGGGUUGCCUGGAAAACGAAAUUGAGCCAAGAAUAGCCGAUUUUAUCGAAGCUGUAGGAAAUAUGUUCUUGACGGGUCAUGAAUUGAUGGUUUUCCCAGAAGUUCACAAAAAACUCAACACCAAACCAUGGAGAGUUCACGUACAAGCAUGGGAUACCAUUUUCUCAGUUGCUACGGAAUUAAUCGAAAACAGAAUUACUGAAAUUCAAAAUUCCCUCCAGAGCGGAGAACUUGAAAAAGAAACCACCACAGGUGUCUUGCGGCACUUGAUAUCGCACACAAAGUUGAACAUAGACGAGAUUUAUGUCAAUGCCACAGAACUGCUUCUAGGUGGAGUCGAUACGUCUUCAAAUGCACUUGGGUUUGCCAUGUACCUUCUUGCAAAAAAUCCAAAUGCCCAGGAGAGAUUACAUCAGGAGGUCGAUACAGUGUGUAAUGGAAACCCUUGCACCUCCGAAAACCUCCAGAACAUGCCAUAUUUAAAGGCAGUUCUGAAAGAAAGCUUAAGAAUGUAUCCUAUCAUACCAAUCAAUGCGAGAGUCAUGCAAGAAGACACUGUUUUAAAUGGUCACGUCAUACCCAAAAAUACUUGUGUCUUACUGAAUGGAUAUACUAUGGGCUAUAAUGAAAAAUAUUUUCCUGAGCCUGAACAAUUUCGACCAGAACGAUGGCUGCGAAGUUCUGAAAAUGAGAGGCACCCUUUUGCCAUGCUGCCAUUUGGAUUCGGUUCCAGAAUGUGUGCUGGCAGAAGAAUUGCAGAGCAACAGAUAUUUACCACUUUAAUAAAAACGAUACAAAGCUUUUGGAUGGAAUCUGACGGGGAUGUUGAAACAACUGUACGGACUGUUAUAACCCCUAAACAUCGAGAAAUUCCCAUUCAGUUCAUUGACCGAUAAGGAGAGAAGGCUCAGGGACUCGGGAAAACCACAUCUAACAAACCUUGUUCCGACAACAAGAGGAAACUUUCGAAAUCCAGAACAACAUGUUCCCGUACAGAGUGACUUAUUCUCUUCCUUUACCCCUGAAGUGACAGUUCUACCUUACAUGGCUAUAUCGCAUACACGUGUUUGCCAGAGAGACCAGUGUUUGAACUUGUCAGAUUGUACAUAACCUCUCGUGUACAGAUGCCAUGGGUGCUUCUCACGUUCGUGAUAGACUCGGAACAGACGGGUAUUGAUAUGUUCACUAUCAUGUUUCAUGUGAUUCUUAUUGGCUUUUUAUACAAUGCAAGUUUCAUUUAAUAUCUUUCACUACUUAUCGUUGCAUUUACAUAUUACGAUACUGUGUCAUUCACUUGCAUUGCAAGUAAUCUUUCAUUUAUUUAUUUGACGAAUCUCUUCAAACGAGUUUUAAGGUCCUUUGUAACGUUUGAUUUAAAGAAACAAAUCCACGAUACGAAACGUAAGGCAUCAUCCCUUUGUCAGAAAGAUAUUGUCAUCUCUUAACGUUAUACGGAUGACUCUGAUCAAAUUCGUUUGAAGGGAUAAUAAUACGAUUUCAAGGUGCAAUAUUUAUUUGUCAUGAAGAUAGCUUUUAUUUGAUGAAUUGUAAGACAUUCUAAUCAUACGUCGCUCUUUGACAUGUACAGUGAAAAAUUUCAUCAAUGUUAAUGAUAUGUGCACACCUGGGACUAGUGACCUUAAGGGUCUUGAAAUGUGCGACACUUUAAGUUACUUUGUAAAGUACGUUCACGCGCUGUCAUGUUGGACUUGAGAUAUGUCUUAUCCCUUCUUGGGUGUUGUUUCGACGAAUUUUAUUGAAUUGAUUAGAACUGUUUUUAACUGAAUGUAAUUCGACAUGCAUAAUAAUUUAUGGAAAGCAAUUUAUACCUCAAUUCUAUACGACACAUCUUUUGUUAGUUGUGUAAAAUGAAAUAAAUAAAAAAUCAAGUGAAAA